AUGGCGACGACACAUGGCGACAGUGGGGUUCGAAACUCCGUCACCGCAUCCCCUCCCGGGGGUCUCUGCUCGCCCGCCGUCCGCAGCUUCACCCGCCGGGAUUUCCGUCUGUCUGUCGCCGCCUCCAGCAACCCUGUCGUGAUCUGUCGGGAUGUGCCAGAACAUCCUCCGGAGCUGCUCUCCUCCAAGCCCGAGCUCAAGACCAUCAGACUCAUAACCAAGGACCUGAUCCGGGACCUCAUCAUCCCCCAGGAGAAGCCUCAACCGUGUCUCAUCAUUGGAGAAAAGGAAUAUGAGAGGGUGAAGGAAUCAGCUCGAGCCCCAGCUGGUGUGGAGCGUUGGGACAGGCUGAAGACCCUCAAAGCCAGACAGGACGCUGCUUUUGAAUCCCUGAAAAAGGCCCAGAUGGAGGAGCAGAGAGAGGCAGAACUGGAGGAUGAGCGGGACCAUUGCAGAGAUGAGGAGGAGGAGGAGGAGAAGCAGAAGCUGCUGCAGCGGGCGAUGAGGAUGAGGCUGGAGCAGGAGGAAGAGAUGAGGGAACUGAACACACUCUUCCUCAGUGCCAAGUGCAACAUGAUCCGGGACAAGCAGGUCCUGGAGAAGCGGAUGAUCCACAAGGAACUGGCAGAGGAGGAGAAACGCCUGGACAAGAUUUUAAAACUGGAGUGGGAGAAGGGCUUGGAGGUGCAGGAGGAGCUGGAGCGCUGCAGGAAGCGGGAGCUGAUCAGAGCCAGGCAGCACAUUGUGAGGCAGAUGGAGCAGAACGCAGAGGAGCGAGCGCUGAGGGCUGAGCAGCUGUACCAGGAGGGCCAGAGGCAGCUGGAGCACCUGGAGCAGAUGAAGAGGGAGGAAAGGAAGGCCUGGGAGCAGAAACAGGCAGAGAAAAGGAAAAUCUUUGCUGAAAUUCAACGUUUCAACGUGGAGAGCCAGAGGCUGAAGGAUCAGCAGCGGGAGCGGGAGAGGCUGGAGGAGGAGCGGCUGCUGGAGCAGCAGCGGCAGAAGGACGAGCGUGAGGCUGCUUUGGAGGCAGAGCAGGAACAACUGCACCGGGAGAAGGAGAAGGAGCUGGCCCAGCUCAGGGCCAAGCAGGAGCAGGCUCAGGACUGGCAGGCAGAGCGGGAUGCUCUGAGGGCCAAGAGGAACCAAGAGGCUGCAGACAGGGAAUGGAGGCGGCAGGAGCUGGAGAAGGCACAGAGGAAGGCUGAGGUGGAGCAGCAGCUGAGGCAGGACCGGCUGCAGCAGGUGGCCCAGAAGGAGCAGCGCUUGGCCAUGCAGAUGGAGCAGGACCGCCAGGAGUUCCAGAGGGUGCUCAGGGCCCACCAGGAGCAGCUGGAGCAGGAGAAGCUGCAGUGGGAGCAGAGGGAUCUCCGGCAGCGCGCUCAUGCCGAAGACGUGCGGCGGCAGAUCCAGGAGCUGCGGCAGCAGCGGCGGCGCGAGCGGGCGGCCGGCGCUGAGGAGGAGCAGGAGAUCCGGCAGCGCAGCCAGCGCCUGGCCCAGCUCAGGCAGCAGAAGCUGCAGGAGUUCAGAGCCACCGGAAUUCCUGACAAAUAUUGUGCCCAGGUGGAGCGCAGGGCUCGGCGCUGGGAUUCCCCAUGAGUUUGGGGCUCCCUUUAGUCCUGGUUACAAGGCGGGGUGUAACCAAACUGUGUUUUUCUCCCAUCUCCAUCAUCCUUUUAAUGGAUGGGUCACUCACUGUCGCUGCCCAGUGCACAGCUGGGUGUUAGAGACUGGAAGGAAUCAAACCCUGCAGGGCAGUGUUUGUUUGGCUUCCCAAAAUGACUCAGCUGUGGGAAUUACACCCAGCCUCAGGGGUCCCCUCUGCCCCUGGGCCAUCAUGGCUAAACUCCCAGUGGGCAGCCUGUGGAGACCCAGGGCGUCAAGGAUUGCCCAGAGCAUCCCGUGAGUCAUAGGAAUUCAGAAUUCCAUGGUGAAAUUCCCUGCCCUGGGGGAGGUACUGAACAUUGCUGCCUGAAUCUGAUCAUUUAUCAUCUGGGCUCUUUGGGGAUUUGGGAUACCACCACAGCUCAGGGGAGCCAGAGGAGGACCAGACCUUCCACAGGACCUCUGCUUUUGACCGGACUGCAUCCAUCACUUCAACAGCCCAACCAAUGGGAUGCCAGGUUGUACUCUGCUUUGUGGUUUUACUCCAGUUUUUCUGUAUCACUGCAUUUAUUGUAAUCUUUCUAUUAAAUUGUAAU